ACUGAAAGGCAUCACGUAAAGGUGCGAGAAAUUAACCAGAUGUGAAGUGCACCAUAUCGUAAUAGACAAAAGAAAAAAAAAACAAUUCGAAUACUACGUAAUAUUUCGGUUUAAAGAAUGGUGAUGUGAGGCAAAGGAGAGACGUGAAGGAGAGGAAAAGGGAGCAGGAGUAACGAGAGGGCACCGCCGCCGCGCCUUCAGACCCCUGGCACUAAGAUGGCGGUGGCACUGUCCAAGAAGUGCCGCCGGGUGAUGUGGGUGGCGCUCCUCAACCUGGUGUACCUCCUCAUCCUCCUCGUUAUCAAUAUCCAACGACCGAAUAGUGAAAGGAACAGCGGCGUGGAGAGGAGGAGGAGUAAUGUGACCUCAACCACAGUCACCGAUGGAGGGAGCCACAGUCACCCUUCAUCAAACAAGACAGUGAAAACGCCUUUGGAUGUGGGUGUUGAUAGAGAGAUGUACAGUCAUGCUUCCUCGGACAGUCACUCCUCAUCUCGGCCGUUGUCUUCAUCAAUAUCAAAGGGGAUGACAGAGAGAUCGUCUUUUGAUGUGGACGCCGAUUCCUCCGACAAUCUCCCCUCAGACAAGACUCCCUGGCCUGUCCCCUCCUCCUCAACAAGUGGGAUGACGGAGAGAACGCCUUUGGAUGUGGAAGUCUAUAAAGGGAUUCACAGUAAUGUUUCAUCGGAUAGUUCCUCCUCAUCUUACAAGACUCCUCAUCCCUUGUCCUCCUCCUCAACAAGUAGGAUGACGGAGACAACGCCUUUGGAUAUGUACGCUGAUGGAGAGAUUCAUAGUCAGGCUUCCUCGGAUACUCCCUCCUCACCAAACAAGACUCAUCCCCCAUUGUCCUCCUCCUUAGCAAGUGGGGUAACAGAAAGAACGUCUUACAAUGUGGACGUCGAUAGAAAGAUUCACAGUCAGACUUCCUCGCAGAGUCUAUCAUCUAACGAGACUCAUCCCCCGUUGACAAGUGGAACCAACGACAGGGAGGAUGUGGCAGAGAAACACAUCACGAGCUUUAAUAGAGAAAUGAUCGACCGAAGGCAAGACAGGGACGAUGUAAGGGACCUAAAAAUCACCAGCUUAGUUACCAUGUCGACAAAUGAAACAGCCAACAGGAAGAAAGACGAAGACAGUAUGAGAAAGCAAAACGUCACCAGUUCAGUUAACAAGCUAGAAAUCUUCAUGACAACCUCCCCGCAGAUAACAACCCUUCAGAGCACACCAGAGGAGGAGAGAAGACAAACUGAGCUCCUUGAAGACAGAACAUCGACGCCUCACAUAACCAAGCAUCCAUCACUCCCUCUACAGACCCUCCACCACAUAAACUUAGUGGAAGGGACGGAAAUUGCUUCAUCUUCUGGUACCUUGCAGUCCACGUCAACCCAAAGCAAGACUGGUUCCUUCCUCUCCCCUGUAUUACCCCUUAACCCUUCAAUGCCUUCCUCACCUCUCUCCUCGCUGCCCCCAAACCCCAAGACUAAUCUCCCCCCUUCCCCUCCUCCCUUCCCCCCAACUCCCCUGUCCUCAUUGUCCCCAAACCCGAAGAAUGAUCUCCCCUUUUCCUCUCUUCCGCUCCUUCACCCCACGACGCCUCCAUCACCCCUCUCCUCCCUGCCCCAAAACCACACGACUGAUCUCCCCUCUUCCCCUCUUCCCCUACUACACCCCAAAACGCCUCCCAAACCCCUUUUUUUGCUGGCUCCAAACCCCACGACUGAUCUCCCUCUCUCCCCUCUUCCCCUUCACCUCCCAAAGACACUUUCCACACACCUCUCCUCCCCAAUCCCCAAGACUGAGCUCCCCCUUUCUUUUCUUCCCCUUCUGUACUCCACCACGCCUCCCACAUCCCUCUCCUCGCUACCCCUAAACCCCUCCCCCCCUCAGUGGACCAACACGUCCCACCCCGCCAUAGAGGCGCCCCAGUCUGAGCCUCUUAAACGCGAGAUCAAAGAAACCUUCCACCAGAGACUCUCAGAGCACACGGAAGGGCCCCGCCAGCCUCAGACGUCCCCCGGUGCAGUAACUUCUUCCUCCAAGGCAACGGUGACUCCAGACGACCAAGCCUCCGGACAUCUGCACCUGGACAUCACUAUCAACGCCACGGGUGUCACUCUCGAGGUGGAUGGCGUGCAGGUGUACAGUGACCUCAACAGGACCAAGCUGUGGGGCACGGAGCGAGUCCGCUUCCACGCCGGCCUCCACCUCAUCUCGCUCCACCCCCACACAGGUCACGUGACGGCCGCCAACUCCUUCACGACGUGGCAGGUGACCAGUGACACAGAGUUCCUGAAGGCGCUGCGGGACUAUCAGGAUGGACGCCUCCUGCUGGUGGCGGGCGCGCCUGACUUCACGAAGUCCUUGAGUGAAGAAGUGACGGAUGUCCUGGGGCAGGCGGGGUCCAUCUUCGCGGACCGCCUGGCCUACAGGGACGCCUGGUGCCUGCUGCUGCACAAGGGCGGCGGCGUCCUCCACGAGGCACUCGUCACCUCCCGUCCCGGCCACAACUACACCAAGCACGACGUGUCGCCGCUCACCACCCGCGUCACGGUGCCGCGCACGCCAGAGCCGCGGUGCGGGUGGCACGCCGCGCCGGGCAUGGAGCAGCACGCCGCCUUCUGCCGCGCCUUCGACGGCUACGGCGCCUUCUGCAGCUGCCACGAGCCGCCCUGGUCGCCGCGCCCCGCCUCGCCCGUGCCGUACGCGCUGCCUGAGGUGAUCCCGGUGGCCGUGGUGACGGCGCGGCGGCUGCCCCGCGUGCUGCGCCAGCUGGCCCAGCUGUGGGCCAGCCCCGGCGGCCUCCACACGCCCGUCUCCAUCUUCGUCGACGGCCACAGCCCCGAGGCGCGGCGCCUGACGGCCCUCCUAGGCGUGCCGCUCACCGAGCACCACAACGACGAGCAACCAGGGUCGGCGAGGCGCAUCAACGAGCACAUCAAGUACGUGGUGAGUCAGGCCUUCAAGCUCCACCCCGCGGCGGACAAGAUUAUUGUGCUGGAGGACGACCUCGAGUUGGCGCCGGACUUCAUCCCGUUCUUCCAGCAGACGGCUGUGUUGCUCACCGACGACCCCGGACUCUUCUGCGUCAAUGCGUACAACUACAACGCCUAUGAGCACACCGCCCUGGACCCCGCCCGCCUCUACAGGGUGCACGGCCUCCCCGCCUACGGCUGGAUGGUGCGGCGCCGCGUGGCCGAGGAGAUGGUGCGGGAGUGGGUGCCCCGGAAUAUUAGCCUGGACUGGGACCUGUGGCAGCGGGAGGUGGUACUGGGCGAGAGGGACUUGCUGGUGCCCGAGGUGCCGCGCACCAAGCACGUGGGCGGCGGCGGCGUGCACGUCACAGGGCUUGAGCAGGCACUCUUCCACGGCCAGCGGCCACUCAACGCGCAGCCACUCGUGACCCUCGACAUUGAGGAGGCCCGGCUGACCCGUUACCUGGACACCCACUACACCGCCAUUGCCGGGGCGGAGGUGGUCAGGAUCACGGAACACCCCUGCAAAGUGAUGCCUCUGCCCAAACGUAAGGUGGGGAAGAACUUCGUGUUGUACAUCAACGUGCCGAAGAACACCACCUGGGACGCCUACAUCGUGGUGGCCAAGUGUAUUGGCCUGAACUACCGCAACGCCCACGAAAGCCUGCAGUUCAUGUUCACGUCCUCCUUCUACGGAAACCAACUCUACGUCAUCGGCUGCCCCACUUCACCCUUCUGCCUGACGAAGAACGAGGAGGACGUGUAUAAGCCCGCGCCAGGAGACCUCCAGUACGCCGACAGUCACCCCUUCCGGAGGCUAGGGAUACAGAGGCAGGUGUCCAUCCGAGUAAAGCCUGUCUCCCUUAGCGACCUCGUCAACCUCACCAACCUCGUCCAGUACAACUACACCAUCGCCUGAGAGA